UCCAGGCCGUUGCCAGAGCAACCGCUGACCUUGUGCCUGGGCUGACCGGUCCCUUUUCGGCUGAAGCGGGAUGGCCUGGUCUCUCCUUGACGGAGAAGGAUGUUUUCAACACCUUUCAGUCCACAUGUUGGCCAUGGAGAAUAUGCUGAUGUGUAUGAUCCAGCAGAAGAUACAUUCCUAUUAAUGGAUGCCUUGGAAAAAGAUGUAAAGGAGAUAAAGCAACUCUGUCCCAGGAUCUGCCUUGAGGUUGGUGCAGGAUCUGGUGUUGUCUCUGUAUUCCUAGCUUCUAUUAUUGGACCUACCUCAUUUUAUCUAUGUACAGAUAUUAACCCUUUGGCUGCUUCUUGCUCAGUGGAAAGUGCAAGAUGUAAUGGAGUGAACAUCCAACCAAUCAUUACUGACUUGGUUACAGGAUUAUUGCCACGGCUGCAAAAUCAAGUUGAUGUGUUAAUAUUUAACCCACCUUAUGUGGUGACUCCUUCAGAAGAAGUAGGUAGUUGUGGCAUUGAGGCAUCUUGGGCUGGUGGCAAAAGAGGUCGUGAAGUCAUGGAUAGGCUCUUUCCUCAGGUCUCCGCCCUCUUAUCAAGCCAGGGAUUAUUUUAUCUGGUUACAGUUCGAGAAAAUUACCCAGAGGAGAUAAUACAGUCACUGAAGAGGUCCAGUUUGAAAGGGACUGUGCUUAUUUCAAGGCACGUUGGGGCAGAACACCUUUCAGUUCUCAAAUUUUGGAAGAAUUGAUUGUCGGACUUGAACUGCCUCCAUGUUGAAUAUCUCCUUUAAAAACUAUGAUUCUGAGGAAGAGAAGCAGCUUACUUGCUGCUUUCUUUGUAACUGGAGCUUUGAUUUCCAGCUCCUGAUGGAUGCAAUCCACUCUACUGCAGAAGGCCUGGAACAAGUUUUAUUAAAAACUGGAAAGAUGGUUUAUAAAUGAAAAUUGGACGCCACUCUACUGAAGACUUGCAGCUGAGAAGAAUUUCUGAUGUUGGUCUUGAAAGUUGAGUUUUACUGAAGUAAAACUUAAGAGUUGAAUAAGUCAAAAUAACUAGUGAAAUGACUUUUAAGCUCACUGGAUUCAUCAGUACUACGGGAUGCCAUGCCAAAUAGUUGUUCUUCAGAACACCAGCUGUGAAGGAAAACAAAAUAUGCAAUCAAACUACAUACUGUACUUCACAUUGUCACAUUUGAGAGAAUAUUAGGGGGAAAACUUGAGAUCUGUUGCAAAACCGAAAUAAGCCUAACAGUUCGAUACCUCCUCAAAUGGUUCCUUCACACUUGGAGAGCUUUCAGGAGCCAGCUACAGAGUGGCAUUCUGUGGAGAGGGAAGUUAAGAAUGUUCCAGACCCUACCAUAGUGUCAAGGAGUGAAGAGGCAGAUUGUUCUAAUUUUUAUGCAGAGGGGUGCGAGUGGCCUAAUUUUGAGUUUGGGCCAGCAUUCUUACCCACACUGCCAACAACCUUGUCUUGCUGCUUCCCUCACCCAUCCUUUUCAAAAAAUAUUCAUUUUCUGAGAGUAUGUCACUCUUUUUCAAGAGGGUGUCAAUCAGACUCUUAAUUGGCAACUGUGGGAUCUUGUCUAGCAUGUUCCACAUUGAGCUGCCAGCCAACUAAACACCUCUUUGUUGCCUGCCAGUACCAUUUGUGAAGUGGUGAUUGCUGCUCAUAAUUUGCAUACCUGAGGCUUAGGAUUGCUUGGGGGUCCUGGCCACAGGUGGGAGGUGGAUUGCGAAAUAAAUUUACAGGGGAAUGGGGAAAGGAGGUGAGCUGAGGUGUAGCUGAUCCUCAAUGAUCAAACUUGACCAGUGACUGAGUGCCUUUGAAUGUGGGAUCUCCCAGAAUCCCUUCUCGAGCUUCCCAUAUGAUGAAUCUGCUGUCCACCACUGUAUCAGUGGUCUCUGAUUGAGGGAGCCUUAAUGCCUUCAAUUGGAAGUGGGGCAGGAAAGCCAUCAGUGAGCUUUUCCACUACAGGCAAUUGGGGCAGAGGUUUCCAUUCACCACCUGGGCACCUGAUUAAAUGCUCCAAAUCCCAUCUACCAAACCUGCCAAAGGGUAGGGUGUUAAAUUGUGUCCUAAUGCAGUAUACAUAUAUCUGAUAUGUCAGUUUUUCUGUGCAUUUCUAAUAUAUUGUGAUAAAUAAAUUUAUAACUAUUUCUAGCA